GAAUACUAUUUCUAAUAAUUGAAGCACAGUGCCUCCAUUGCUAGUUGCAAUCUUCAUCAUUUUCCUUUAUAAAACAAGUCUCUGGUCCCUCCACUUCAUCCCUUCCAUCUGGUUCAAGCUUUCUGGCCAUGGGCUCCAAAGCCAACGACUUCCAUAUGCUUUUCUUCCCUUUCAUGGCGCACGGUCACAUGCUCCCCUUGGUUGACAUGGCUAAGCUCUUUGGAGCCCAUGGCGCUCGCAUAACUAUCCUUACUACUCCUGUCAAUGCCUCCAUCAUCCGCCCCACCAUCGAUGAUUCUGUCCAACUCCACAUCAUCUCCUUUCCCUCUGUGGAAUUUGGCCUCCCCGAGGGGUGUGAGAACCGCAAAUUCCCCCUUCCGGUUGACUUGAACGUUAAUUUCUUCAAAGCUGUUACCUCUCUUCGUCACCCGUUUGACGCCGUGCUCAGAGAUCUCAGACCCGACUGUGUUGUCACGGAUAUGUUCUUUCCAUGGACAUAUUAUGUUGCCGCCGCGAGAGGUAUUCCACGACUUAUCUUCCAAGGCAUCAACAACUUUUCACUCUGCGUCAUGGAUGCUUACGAGCAGUGCCGCCUAAAAGUAGGUGAAGCUGAGUCCUUUGUCCUUCCUGGCCUCCCUCAUCGUAUAGAGUUGUUAGAAACUCAAGCCAUGGACAUACAUAAAUUAGCAGGAACACCAAUGGAGUUCAUGCUAGAGAUGUUUAAAGAGAUGAAGGAGGUGGAGCCAAAGAGCCAUGGCAUGGUGAUGAAUAGCUUCUAUGAGUUGGAGCCAGAGUAUGUUGAUCACCAUCGUGAGGUGAUAGGUAGAAGGGUGUGGAAUGUUGGCCCUGUUUCGCUUUGCAACCAGGAAGUGAAAUAUAAAUCAGCAAGGGGUGGGGAGCAACCAACAUUAGCUAGCGAGUGCUUAAAAUGGCUUGACAAAAAACCAAGGGGCUCGGUCGUGUACAUAUGCUUUGGUAGUAAGGGCUAUUUCUCAAUAGCUCAAUUAAAAGAAAUGGCACUCGGCCUUGAAGCUUCGAAUCAUUCAUUUAUUUGGGUGGUACAGACUGGGAACAAUAAUUGGGUUCCAGAGGGGUAUGACGAGAGAAUUAAAGGGAGGGGGAUGGUGAUAAGAGGAUGGGCUCCACAACUAUUGAUAUUGAAUCAUAUUGCAGUUGGGGGAUUUGUGACUCAUUGUGGGUGGAAUUCUAGUUUAGAGGGGAUUUGUGCGGGGUUGCCAAUGGUUACAUGGCCUUUAUAUGCGGAACAAUUUUAUAAUGAGAAGCUUUUGGUGGAGGUAUUGCAAAUUGGGGUGGGAGUUGGAUCAAAAGUGCAUGAUGUUAAUCCAGAGACAAGGCCUAUUGUAGAGGCUAUCAUAGUAGAGGCUGCAGUAAGGAAUUUGAUGGGGGGAGGAGAGGUGGAAGAUGAGAGGAGGAGGAGGGCCAAGGAGCUGGGGGCAAAGGCAAGGAGAGCUAUCGAGAAGGGAGGGUCAUCGCAUAAUGAGAUAGAGAAAUUGAUGCAAGAGUUGAUAAAUUUGAGGAAGCAUGUGUAGCUUAGUUUAAGUUUUUUUUUUCUUUCUAUUUUUGUAUAUCUAUUUUGUUUGGAAUAAAUUUUACUUUUUUUU